AUGCGAGAAUGGGGGCUGCGGAGAGAACACAAAGUCAAGUCUCCUAUGGGCCGACUUCUUAUCUACCACAUCUACUUUUUCUGGGUCCGAGAUACUUCACAUUUCCACAUCGGGCUCGACCAACUCGACAAUGCCACUAUUCGCCAUAGUUGCAUGUUUUCUGGUUGCCGAAAGCAUGAGCUGGUCUAUGCUAAACCUAUGAACCUGAAGGAUCUUGUUGAAAAGCUGGAUGAGGAAUCGGACGCGUAUACCGAUGAAGAGCAUGAGUCGAACGAAUGCAUACCACGUCGGGUUAAGGAGUGCUGGGUCUGUGGACGAGCGGACGAGCGGACGAACAACCCGAAGCUGAAGGUUCUCUGCUGGGAAGAUAUUGAUUUCUGGAUUCUCCAUGACCCCGAAGGCAAUGGCGGUUGGGAUCGCUUGGCCACGCAAAUACUCCUUCGCUGGCAUGAAGGCGAGGACAAGCAGAUCGUCCCGACAUGGCACACCUUCAUCGAAGAGGAUAUUCCUAUGCUCCGUCAUGUGUCUCACAUACUCGCCAAGGCACUGUCGGAAGGGGCUAUUGAUAACAACGGCUACUAA